UCGUCUUGAUGUCGAUAUUACAACGUCGGAGUCGGAAUCCAAUCAUUGGCCCGUGCCGAACUUGUUGCGGCGCUGCUGCUGCUGCCUGCCGGCCGACUGACUGAUGUGGUGGUUCUACCGCAAGGGGCCCUCGGGCUUCGCCGGCGCCUCCACGGCCGAGGAGGUCACCGCCGGCAUCGACGGCCGCGGCUUAGUCGCCGUCAUCACAGGUGCGUCGAGAGGAAUCGGUCGGGAGACGGCGCGCGUCCUGGCGCUGCGGGGCGUGCGCGUCGUGAUGGCCGUCCGCGACGUCUCCGCGGGGGUGAGGGCCAAGGAUGCCAUCCAGGCCGAGAUCCGCGGCGGCGCGGAGGUGGACGUGCUGGAGCUGGACCUUAGCUCCAUGGCUUCCGUGAGGAGAUUCGCCGCGGAGUUCGCCUCCCUCAACCUGCCCCUCAACAUCCUCAUCAACAACGCCGGAGUCAUGGCGAGGGACUGCACCCGUUCCCCCGACGGCCUAGAGCUGCACUUCGCCACGAACCACAUCGGGCAUUUCCUUCUGACAAACCUGCUGCUGGAGAACAUGAAGAGCGCGUGCCGGGACAGCGGCGUGGAAGGAAGGAUCGUUAACGUGUCAUCUUCCGGGCAUAUCAUGACCUACCCCGAAGGGAUAUGCUUCGACAAAGUGCAUGAUCCUUCAGGGUUCAACAGCUUCAUUGCUUAUGGCCAGUCCAAGCUUGCAAACAUUCUCCACAUGAAUGAGCUGUCCCGGAUUCUCAAGGAUGAAGGGGUCAACAUUUCAGCUAACACGGUCCAUCCGGGCGUCAUCGUGACAAGCCUUUUCAGAAACAGGACCAUUGUGAGCGCUCUCAUGAACACCGUUGGAAGAAUCAUAAGCAGAAGCGUCCAACAGGGUGCUGCAACGACAUGUUAUGUGGCGAUGCACCCUCAAGUCCAGGGGAUAACUGGUAAAUACUUCGGCAAUUGUAAUAUAGCCAACACAAGCUCGCAAGCUGUAGAUGCAGAAUUGGCCAAGAAGUUGUCGAACUUCAGCUUGCAGAUAGUGUCUUCUUGAUGUGCCGGUUUCAGAUCAAAUGAUUGUUCGGUAUACGCUCUCAUGUCUGCUACUUUUAUGUUCGACUGCUUAGACCAAGACGACAGAAGCACAAGACUUCAAAGUGAUGGUUGGUAUAUCAGAGUGCAGUUGUGUCGUGCCGCCGUGGUGCUUAUACGGUCACACGUAAGUAGUGAAGAUUAGAUCAUGAGAGUUAAUGUCUUGCUUCACUGUCUAUGAAAAGUUUGGGCAUGUCUAUUGUCUGUUGUAAAUUGUCUGUUGUAAUUAUCAAUUUCUGUUGGUAUUAUUUUUGGUCUGGAAGUCUUCACAAA